AUGGUUCUGAAUGGGGCCCUGUGCUUCCGAAUGAAGGAUGCAGCAUUGAAGGUGCUUUAUCUGCAGGAUAACCAGCUGCUGGCCGGUGGGGUGCAUGCAGGGAAGGUCGUGAAAGGCGAGGAGAUCAGUGUUGUCCCCAAUCGGUUUCUGGACGGCAGCCUCUCUCCAGUCAUCCUAGGCGUCCAGGGAGGGAGCCAGUGCCUGUCGUGUGGGACCGGGCAGGAACCGACUCUGAAACUAGAGCCAGUGGAUAUUAUGGAGCUCUACUGCAGCCCCGAGGGUUCCAGGGGCUUCACCUUCUACAGGCGGGACACGGGGCUCACCUCCAGGUUCGAGUCGGCUGCCUUCCCGGGCUGGUUCCUCUGCACUGUGCCCGAAGCGGACCAGCCUCUCAGGCUCACCCAGCUCCCGGGGGAUGCCAGCUGGGACCACCCCAUCAUGGACUUCUACUUCCAGCAAUGUGACUAG